CGAAUGGUAUGUCAAAAUAAAAAUUUAUUAUUAUUUUUGACCGCACCGCAUGGUAUUUAGAGUUUGGGUAUUGUUGUAUAUUAAUUAUUUUAGCAAUGUCCAAUUUGCUCGAAGUUUUAGUUACGUGCGAUGCAAACAACACAUUAUGGACGAGCUGUGUUUGGGAUCCUCACAAUGGUACAAACUUGAUGACAUAUAAAGGCGGUGGAACUGCAGAAAACCGGACCGCCUGUUUUAUAGGCAGCGAUUAUUUCGCUGCAGUUGAGAGAACGAAGCCAAUACUGCAUAUAUGGCCACUAAAUUCCCAGCAGACCGUGCAAGGGAUGCGAUUUAUACUGCCCGGGAAGGCAAGCGCGUUUGCAGUCACACCGGACGGUUCCUAUUGCAUAGCAGGAAUUGAUGAGAAAAUUUAUCUAUGGCAGAUCGCGUCCGGCAAUUUACUCACCAUAAUAAAUCGCCAUUACCAGAAAGUUAACCACUUGAAGUUUACAAGCGAUGGAAGUUUCUUUGUGUCCACAGCAGAGGAUGGUAUGGUUAUGGUAUGGUCUCUGGUCACAGUAGCAGCUAACCCAGAAGUAGGACUCAUAUCCCAGACAACAGCAGGUCAACAUGACCCUGUUUACAUAUUCUCUGACCAUUUCCUACCUGUAACAGACAUGUGUAUAAGUAAGAAUGGAAUGCACGGACGUUUAUUCACUGUAUCCAGCGACAGAACUUGUAAAAUUUAUGAUUUGACCUCUGGAGAAGUGCUAUUAAAUCUAGUCUUUGACGAACCCUUAUCAGCGAUUUGUCUAGAUAUUUUGGAAUUAAAUGUUUUUGUGGGUUCUGUUGAAGGGAAAAUUUUUCAAUUCAGUCUAACCAAUGCACCUAGAAGCAGGGAUAUGCUUAUGAAUAAUGAUAAUAAUAGUGUUGUACUCUCUGCUCAUACCAAAGCAGUUACAUGCUUAUCUGCUUCCCUGAAUGGGGAGUUGCUUGUAUCAGGUGGCAAUGAUGAUCAAGUCAUAUUAUGGCAUAUAAGAAGCAGACAACCAAUUAGAAUAAUAAGGCAUAAAGGGUCUAUUACGAAUGCCUUUUUCUCACUAAACUAUAAAGCUAUUUACCAACAAGAUUUCACUCCUAAUAUCAUAUUACAUAGCCUAGAAAGAACUCUGGAAAAUAAUAGUGAUGAUGUAGUGGAAAUAGAUGUACUUGUCAAUAAGAAAAACAACUUUUGGAGCCAAUAUGAGAACAAUGAUGCUAAUGUUGCUAUAAGCGAAGACUCAGAUACUACCAAAGCUCUUCAAGAUGAAAUAGAAAAGAUGAAACAAAUUAAUGCCAAUUUGUACACAAUAGCAAUCCAAAAGGCAUUGGAAACAGUACCAAUAAGUAAUAAAGCCAAUGAAUCUAAUCGUAAAAAGAAAAAACAUAAGAAGCAAUAAAUUCCUUUCAUUAAUACAAUAAAA